AAUGUCCUAAAUAUUUCAAAUAAAGUUAAACACAUGCAAAGGAUAAUAUGACGCUAUUACAUGUCUUUGUGUUUUCGCUUUCAUUCGCAUUAUAUAAAGCUUGUCCUAGUGGCUGGGCAACCCAUGGAGAUAUGUGUUAUCACUUCAGUCGAGAUGUGGAAUCCUGGCCUGGCGCUGUGAUAAUGUGUCAAAUAAUGGGAGGAACCCUGGUAGAAAUCGAAACCUUGCAGGAAAAUGUGUAUCUCCAAGCACAGCUCAAAGGAUUUAAUUCCUCAAAGUACUUCUGGAUAGCCCUGAGUGACGUUGUAGAGGAGGGUUCCUGGAAUUGGAUGGUAAGCAAAACACAGCCAGAAUUCAUCAACUGGGCUUCAACAGAACCUAAUAACUACAACAAAGGUUAA